AUGCUGGCGUCGCUCGGGAGCAAGAGCGGCAGCAGAAGCAGCAGUAACUGCGGCUGCCAACCGCCGGCCGGAGGUAGCAACAGCAACAACAACAGCAGCAGCAGUAGCAGCGCCGGUGACGCCUCACGGCCCACCACGAGCGACCGCCCCGCGAGCGAACCGGCAUGGUCAAUCUUCGGCGUGCGGAGUAGUUCGCAGCACGUCCGCAACCCCCGCCAGCGUCACCACCACCACCAACACCACCACCAUAAUUUCCAUGGCUUAUAUCAGGGUCCCGAGUCGGAACCGGAGGUGGGAUUGCGCGACGGCGACAUCCAGUUUGCCGGCGUCGCGCUCAUCGAUUUCCUGGACCUCGAUGCUAGGCCCAUCUUCGCCGUCGAUCUGCUCGCCAACAAGUAUACCUCGUCGGCCCCGGCCAUGUCCCGCGCCGCCUCGUCGUCGUCCUCGUCGGUAACCUCGCACCCGUCGUCGUCGGUGUCAACACAGUCGCUGCCCAUAAUAUACUAUAACCAGGCGCUGCAGGAUGCAGGCAACCUGCUGGAGAUGGUCGAGGGCUCUGCGUCGAGCAGCCCGUACGGACAGCCCGCAUGGGUUACCUACCCGGUCUUCAGGGCGUGGGUGCUCGAUCUGUCGCGGAGCAUGUUUGCGGCGAAAAAGGGCUCAAUCGUGUACGGUGGGAUGAGGUGGUCGGCGACAACGGUGCGCAGGCGCUGGAAAGUGCUGUCUGGCGAGGCUUACCGACAUCGCGAUCAUCUGACCGGGUCAUUUUCCAAUAUUCAGUUCUCCACGAAAGCAGUGGGAAAGGAACCGGAAAAGGUGCCUGAAGCGAAGUCGGAAGACGACUGGAGUGGAAAGUCAGGAGACUACUUGAGUGCGAAGUCGGCUGACAACUUAAAUGAGACGUCGGGUGAUUACUUGAGUGCAAAGCCGGAAAUCUGCUUGAGCGAAAUUCAUGAGGAGGAAAACACAGCACCGGAAGAGUCUUGGCAGAUGGAAGAGAAAACAGAAUGGAGGAAAGAGGAGGAAGACGUUAAACUGAAGGAGUUUGGUGUGGGGAGAGCCGAGUCGGGAGCUGAGAGGUUCAGGAAGGGCUCGCUGAAAAACGAGAGGAGACACAGCUUACCACCCCCUGUCGAAGCGGUGCCCCUCACUCCUGGAACCAGUACUUAUUACCGACAGAGCUCAAUACCGGCCAAUGUUCGAUACGAUUGGACAUGCACACCGCCGCCUCCUAACCUCGCACCACACGUUCAACUAAUCCGCGGGAUAGACUGGGCCAACACCCCGCUUGGUCCAAUCGAUUCGUGGUCUCCUACCUUGAAGUUCAUGUGCAACUUGAUAAUGGCAUGCCCAAAUCCAGCCAUUGUCUUCUGGGGCCCGGAGCUGAACAUGAUCUACAACGAAGCGUACAUUCCAAUUGCCGGGGCAAAACAUCCCUCGAUGCUCGGCGUUCCGCCGUGGGUUGCCUUCCAAGAAGCCUGGGAUGAUUUUGAACCAUUUUUGCGGAACUGUGAGGAGUCUGGAUGUGGCGCCAUGGUCGAGAACAUGCUACUCUUCCUCAAUCGCGGAGCUGGCCUCCAGGAGGAGUUUUAUUGCUCGUUCAGUUUUACGCCCAUUCUGGAGAACGACAAGAUCGUAGGCUGGCACGAGGUCGUUUUUGAAACGACAAAACAGAUGAUCACCGAACGAAGGAUAUCAACAUUGCUUACCCUCAGCGAGAAGCUUUCUACUUCGUUGACCCUCAAGAGCUUCUGGGAACAGACACUCGAGGGCCUGCAAUCCAAUUCACAAGACGUAUGCUUCGCAGUGCUAUACUCGGUAAGUGACUUAGCCGGGGAGAGCCAUCUUGGACAUCUUGGAGGCGCGGAACGAUCCUCGUCGAGACGCUAUGAGCUGGAAGGAAGCAUUGGUGUUCCGGAAGGACAUCCUGCUACAUCAACUCGUCUUGAUGUGGCAUUGGGUCGGGACUGCUUCAUGCGAUACUUCCGUACCGCUGCAGAAUCCAACGAGCCCCUUUUCCUCAGCAUAAAGGAUGGUACUUUGCCUGAGGCUUUGGUGCAUGGAAUCGAAUCGAGAGCUUGGAAUGAGCCUUGCGACUCUGUUGUUAUAUGUGCUAUUCGCCCGACAACCGGUCACGCUUCCACUCGCGACACUGCUUUAGGCUUCCUGGUAAUCGGUCUAAAUCACCACAGACCCUAUGACGACGAAUACAAGACUUUUGUUCAACUGCUCAACCGUCAGUUCACGACUUAUCUCGCUUCGGUACUGUUGCUAGAAGAAGAGACCAGACGAGGACGCACCGUCGCAGAACAAGCUGCCCUCGACCAGCAGAAAAUAGAGGAGCAGUUGCAGCUCCGCACACGUGAACUGGAGCAGAGCGAGCUGCAACUCCAGCAUUUCGCGGAUGCCAUACCUAUUGGAAUAUUCAUCCUCGAGUUUACCCCUGACAACAUGGGCGGAAGCUACCGGUACCGGAACGAGAAAUGGUUUGAGUUGAUGGGUGACUCGCGCGAAAAUAUACCCAGCUGGAAAAGUCCUUUGUGGAAACAGAUGCACCCGGAAGACCUUCCUGCUGUGCAGUUGUGCUGGAAAAAGCUCAUGGAGGAGAAGACAGAACAGAGCUUCGAGUUCAGGAUUCCACGACGGGGAGAGCCAACGUCACCCGUGGACGAGAACAUGAAAUCUACCUGGAUUCUUUGUCACGCCUUUUCGGUAGUGACGGACGACGGCUGGCUGCGGUCGAUUGUCGGUUCGGUUACCGACAUCACAACGAUCAAGUGGGCGGAGGGUAUUCAGAAACGAAAGAUGGAGGAUGCGAUCGAGGCAAAGAGACAGCAAGAAAACUUCAUUGAUGUCACUUCGCAUGAGAUGCGCAAUCCACUCAGCGCCAUCAUGAUCUCGGCGGAUGAUAUCAUCGCAUCUUUGAAGGGCCUGAAGUCAAAUUCGAAAGAUUUUGAAUCGGUCAUCGAGAAUAGCAUUGACGCUGCAAAUACGGUCUUGCAUUGCGCUCAGCAUCAGAAGAGAAUUGUUGACGAUAUCUUGACGAUCAGCAAACUCGAUUCUGGCCUUUUCUCUAUAAACCCUAUUGAGGUUCAACCGGUGGCUCUGAUCAAUGAUCUAUCCAAGAUGUUCGCUGGUGAAUACAAUGCCGCUGGCAUCACACAAACAACGGUCGUCGAAGAUUCGUUCAAGACUUUGGGGGUCGACUGGGUUCUACUAGACUCAAGCCGGCUCACUCAAAUUCUUAUCAACCUUAUCACUAACAGCAUCAAGUUCACUCAAUACCAGUCAACGCGCGAGAUCAAAAUUCGCAUCGGAGCAUCAAAAGAAAAACCAACAGUGAGUGCUGAAGGCAUUCAGUAUCUCGAUUUCCGUAUGAGCCGUGAGGACUUAACCCAGCGACGAGAGUGGGGGAACGGCGAGGAGCUCUACCUGCAUUUCUCAGUCUCGGAUACCGGAUGCGGACUUACAGUGGAUGAAAAGAAGCUUCUUUUCAUGCGUUUCUCUCAAGCACCGCGUACCAUGGUGCACUACGGAGGAUCCGGGCUCGGCUUGUUUAUAUGUCGCGAACUCACGGAGCUCCAAGGUGGCUCGAUAGGGGUCGAUUCUGAGUCUGGAAAGGGCUCAACAUUCGCAUUCUACAUCAAGACACGCCGGCUUAUACCACGGGAAACCGAAUUGCCGAGCCGACCAACACCUCAAGGGCCUGAAUUGACGGCCUUGCAGCAGCUGCAGAACAUCGAACAAACUUUCGAGCAACCUCUCUUGCCUCGCAAAGACCAAUACGCGCCUAGCCCAUACAGCAAUCUACCAACACGGCCAUCAUCGCCAACGACAACCGUGACAACGACAAACACUACUACUUCCACACAUUCGAUACCGUCAUCCGUGCCAUUCGGCCCGCGUCCUCCUUUUGACUGUUUGAUCGUCGAGGACAACAAGGUCAACCAAUCGGUAAUGAGCAAAGGGCUCGUCAAGCUUGGGCACACCGUGUUCGUGGCCAACCACGGCGCAGAGGCGCUCGAGUUCCUGCGCACGACGAAGCACUGGCGUGGGAAUACGGGCGAGGCGCAAAACCUGUCCGUGGUGCUCAUGGACAUCGAGAUGCCGGUCAUGGACGGGUUGACGUGCGUGCGGGAGAUCAGGAGGCUCGAGAGAGAGGGUUCGAUCAAUGGCCGCAUCAAGGUUAUUGCCAUCACUGCAAAUGCUCGAGUCGAGCAGGUCAACACGGCGAUGCAGGCGGGUAUGGAUGACGUUGUGAGCAAACCCUUCAGGGUUGCGGAGCUGAUUUCGAGCAUUGAGAGGCUCGUGGAUGCAAAGGAGCCUCGGGUGGAGACUGUGGAGGUUGAGGAAGCAGAUUGA